AUGUCCGAUAACGCUAGUUUGAAUUUUGACAAUGAUGACUCCGUUGACCCGAGUUGUAUGGGUUGUGAUUUAAUAAUCGAAGAAGGGAAUGUUGUUGCCUUCGGAGAAGGCAUAUGGCAUGUUCAAUGUUUCAAGUGCGCUAAAUGUCACAGCUUGGUUGUACACGAUUCCAACGUUUUAUUGUUAUCCGACGGAAAUCCAAUAUGUGAAAACUGUUCGUAUAGUUGCCACGUUUGCAGGAAACCUAUAUUAGACGAAGCCAUUAUGACAGGGGACGAGUCCUUUCACGUCGACUGCUUUUGUUGUCGACAAUGUCGUAAAAAAAUAGAAGAUUUAAUAUAUGCUAAAACAAAUCAGGGAAUAUACUGCAUGACCUGUCAUAACGAAAGAGUCAGCAAAGCAAAGAAAGCAAAAGAUAGAGAUAACUCAAAUCCGCCAGUAUUAGAUAAAUCUUUACCAUCCUUGCCGAUUGAUAUUGAAUCAAAGCAGUCCAAUAGGCUAGAAUCACCAAACAAUACUCUAUAUCCAAAAAGAUCGUUCGAACGAAACGAUACUUCACCUUCGAUAUCACCCCAAACGUCUUCAGAUACUUUAGAACACAUACCUAAGGCACGUACUCUACCUCCAUCAAAUUACGGAAUAGGUCGUCGUCAUUCUCGAUUAUUCGAUGCCAGCUCACUUAGUGAUGUUUUCAAACAAAAGGUUACUUCGAAUGCCUCAAAGGCACUUGAACAAAUAACAGGAAAACCUAACGGACUUACGAAAUCCGAUUCGUUAGUCGAUAAACAUAAGAAUCGUGGAGAUCCUUCCGAAAAUUUAAAGAAAACUAGUAUUUUCUCCAAAAGGAACGAUUCUUUAGACAACAUAUCGAAAAUUUGGCCAUCUAAAAAUCGUGAAGUAACAGACGCUCAUGUAAGGAACUCUUCCAUCACAAGCUUUCGAAGUGAACCUUAUGAGGGGGGACGCACCUUUUCAAUUUCUAGUCAACGAAGUGAUAUCACUGAUGUCAUACCAAAAAAAAAUGAAGCGGACAAUUCAAGUCGAAAACCCGGCUUCUCUUCCAGUCGGAAAGUAAAAUCGCCACAAAGUCAACCUCAUUUACCUCAUAUUGAUGAAAAUACCGGAAAUGUUCAAUUAAAUCCAUCAUCAAACAGUGAGUACUCUCCUCGUUCAAAUUCUCCAGUUACUCCGAAUUCCAGUUCCCCUACUAGUCCAAUAUUUCCUCCUACUUACAGCCUUGAUAACAAACUAUCUCCAGUGCCCCGUAAAAGCAGUUAUUACAAUGGCUUGGAAGUUGGCCCACCAGUAUUACCACCAUUAUCUUUUUCAAAUGGAGAAGAAGACUUGAGCAAAUUGGUUGCGGGUAAAAAAAGAGAUGAGAACCGUAAAUUAAAACACAGAUCAUUUAUCGGAGAAUUUCCAAAAGAUAAAAAUUUCAAAAUGUUAAAUGGUAUUGAUUCAGUAGAUUUUGAAGAUUUUUCAUCCGGUAGUUCUCCUUUGUCUGCGGACAGAAAGAACAGCGGGUCUUCGAUAACUUCAUUAUCCAGUCGAGAAAAUGAAAUAACUAUCAUUGAACCGGACGAUAUGCCAGUAGAGGAAUUGCAGAAAGCUUUAGCUGACACGAGAAAGAAAUUGAAGGCAAGUCAGAUGGCACUUGAUGAAGCCAGUCUUGUGAGGGAAGAACUCAAUAAUGAGAUAACCCUAAGGAACAAAGCAGAAUCAACAAUUGAGAAAAUGCGUACAUACCUAGAUAAACAAUCUCAACAGAUAGAAGAAUUAAGAAAGGAAGGAGUGGAAAAGGAUCAAUUGAUUAAAGAUUCUUCGUUAACAAAACAAAUGUUGCAAGAAAUGCAAAAUGAAUUAAGAGAAAUGAAUAUGCAAAAAGAAUUGAUUAUCAAGGAGAUCGAAGGGUUAGCUAAAGAAAAGCAAGCUGGUCUUGCCGGAACUUUUUCAUCUAAUCCCGAUUCUGAUUCCACGAGUAAUCUUCCGGCAUCUCUUGCCAAACAUAUUUCAACUCAUCUUGAUGAAGUCAAACAAAGUUAUAUGUCAGAAAUUAGAUCUUUGCAAACUGAACGAGAUACAUUGAAAUACGAAACAGAACAGUUUAGGUAUAAACGAGAUCAGUUUGUUGAAGAAGCGCAAAAGUUGAAUGAAAAGAAUUUAGAAUUAGCUGAUAUGAACAAUGAUUUACUAAAACAAAUUGAAUCACAUCAAAAAGGCAAAGGGUUUAACUUUUUUAAAAGUAAUAAACCACAUGGACACCACCAUACAGAUUCUGGAUCGAGUCAUGGCAAAUCCUUUGGACAUAAUAAAUCGCCUUCGAUAUAUAAUUAUGAGGCUGAUAUUCCAGACAACGCAUCAGUUGAUCCUUUGCAGAAGAUAGCUCACCGAAAUAGCAUUGGUCGUGGCGCAACUCCCAAAAAAUUUAAAUGGAAAAAGGGCGGCAAAGUAUUAAAUAAACUAUUAGCUAAUGCAAAUGUAGUUGUUAAUGAUGUUAAACCAUAUAUGAUGGGAACUCUAUCGACUACUUCCAAUAUUAGUUUACCUACAGCGACGAAUGAAACCCGCUCAGAGGCAAAUAAGAAAAUGUUUAAUCAGAUGUUACAUAAUCAUGAGAUGAAUCGAGCUCAUAGUUGGCAACAAACCAAUUUAACGAAUUCCGUAAAAUGUGACUAUUGUCAUGAAAAAAUGGGAAGCUUGGCAGAAUUAAAAUGUUCAACAUGUUCACUUGUGGUUCAUAUAAAAUGUUCACAUAAUGUUCCAGCGAAUUGUGCAAUCACGGAUUAUGAUUCAGAUAGCGCUUACAAUGUUAAUACCAAUUCGAUAUUUGGUAAUGACUUAACAAAGCAGUCAGAGUUGGAUGGAGUUGAUAUUCCAUUCGUAGUACAAAAGUGCAUUAAAGCUGUCGAAAUUAGAGGGAUGGAUCUUGAAGGCAUCUAUCGAAAAUCAGGUGGUGCCUUACAAAUUCGUGCUAUCAUAUCUGCUUUUGAGAAUGGGAUAGAAAUUGAUCUGGAUAAUCCAGAUAUAUUUAAUGACAUAAGUGCGAUAACCAGUGUUCUCAAAAAAUAUUUGCGAGAAUUAUCAAAUCCUUUAUUCACUUAUGAAUUCUAUUCAAGUUUCCUGGAAUUAGUUCCUAUGCCUAAUUGCGAAGAGAAAGCUGAAAAGUUUCGAGAACUAUUUUCACAAUUACCAAAAGCUAAUUAUGCUACAAUAAAAUACUUAUUUGAGCAUUUAUACAGAGUAAAAGAACUUGAAGCAAAAAACCUUAUGACUACCAAAAAUCUUUCUGUUGUAUUUGGACCUACAUUACUUCGAGGUUCCAAUCCAAGUUCUGAAAUUCUUGAUAUGAACUUCAAGAAUGCCUUGGUUGAAUAUAUUGUUGAACAUGCUGACGUGUUGUUUUCGAGUAAUGAGGAGAAAAUAAAACCUGGAUUUAUAUGA